UGGUAAACGGAGUGAGGAGGAGGGUAAAGUUUAACUGGUGGCGUUUACGCACCAUGGAGAGCGUCUUUGAGCACUGAUACAUGUCCAUCUAAAAGGCCCAUAUCCUCACGUCUGAAGAUCUGUUCUGGAAGAACUAGUUUGUUAUGCUCAUCUGCACACUUCGGGAUCUAAAUCUGUUGAGUUCAUCUCUGAAGAUGGAAUGAAGCGUUGAAAAGAGCUCCCGUGUCUUUUUGCGCACCGCUCAGGAAGGAUGACCGAGCGACGAUGUGCAGCAACCGGAAGAUCAUCUGGAGUUUGUUGGUUCUGUCGGUGCUGGAGAUAGGGCUCGGGGUGUCCAGCAUUGUCCUGGGCGCGGUGGGAAUCAUCCGGGCGAAAGCGGAGCGCAAAACCCAACAGGGCGACGCAUCGCCGGUAUGGAGCGGUGUGUGUUUUCUCAUCUGUGGAAUGUGUGGCAUCCUGUGUGCACGGAAAAGAACGGGACUGAUCAUGAUCUUAUUUUCCUCCUGCUGUAUUUGCGGGUUAAUCGGUGGAAUCCUGAACUUCCAGUUUGUCCGUGCACUGGUCAAGCGUCCAGAUACCAUGCGCUCUCUUCAUCUGGCCGUCAUGUCACUAGCGUGUCUCGGUAUCAGCAGCUGCACUCUGUCCACCUGGUUGACCUGCAGGCUGGCCAGCAGCGAGCAGCAGCGCAUGUUCCUGGAGCGAGAGCAUUCACUACAUCACUCGCACGAAAUGGCAGAGAAGGUACGCCACGAGCUGGAGGUUUUGGACAACACCAGCAACGGCAUUUCUCAAAUCUCCUACAGCGGACGGAGCGCCUCGCCAUGACAGCUCGCCAACGGUGCCAUGCCCACACACUGACAAAAGCACAGUUCUUUCAUGUAAUUGGCUGAGACAGGCUGACAAAUCUACAUUCGGUUUGGCUAAAUCCGCUUGACAGUUUUUCAGACCGAUUGGCGGUGCCAGGCUGACACUUCUACAUUCAGAUUUUCUGAGUCAGUGACAUCCAGUAGAAGUCCAUUCAGAGAGCAGACGCAGAGUCAGAUAACAGUAUCGAAUCAGUGUCCGGUUACCUGACGUCCUCAGGAGAAGUCAGUGCCGAAGACCUUGAUAACCAGCAUACAGGAAACUUUCCAUUGAGCAUGAAAUAAGCAUGCAAAAUAAUCUCUUGCUUUCUCUUUCUUCAUCUCUUUCUCUCUCUCCCUGUAUCUACAUAAAGGGAAUGUUGAAUCUGAAAUUGUAAUCCUGAAAUUGUAUGGUAUACUGAAUGCUCUUAUUCAGAUUGAUCAAAAAUGCACAAUGUACAAUGCCUGUAAAGAUAUUUAUUCACUUACAGUAUUUUUAUAUAGAAGAUUCAUAUGAAAAAGAAAUAAAGAUGUCAAGCCAAAGAGACUCCAUUGGC